AUGGGUGGCUCUUGGAACAGCAGCAGCAGCGCCAGCCCCGAUGGCUUAUCCCCGGAGAUCCGGCAGUGGUCCCUGCCGCGUUGCGACGAGAGCCGCUGCUCCCCCUUCCCCCUGGGUGCUCUGGUGCCUGUGACCGCCGUGUGCCUGGGAUUGUUUGCCGUCGGGGUGAGCGGGAAUGUGGUGACUGUGUUGCUCAUCCGGCGCUACCGGGACAUGCGGACCACCACCAACCUGUACCUGGGCAGCAUGGCCGUGUCCGACCUGCUCAUCCUGCUCGGCCUCCCCUUUGAUCUGUACCGCCUGUGGCGCUCCCGGCCCUGGGUCUUUGGGCAGCUGCUCUGCCGCCUCUCCCUCUACCUGGGCGAGGGCUGCACUUACGCCAGCCUGCUGCACAUCACCGCCCUGAGCGUGGAGCGCUACCUAGCCAUAUGCUAUCCGCUGCGCGCCCGAGUCCUUGUCACUCGCCGCCGAGUACGGGCACUCAUCGCUGCGCUCUGGGCUGUGGCGCUGCUCUCAGCCGGUCCCUUCUUUUUUCUCGUGGGCGUCGAGCAGGACCCGGCUCCCGAAGGAGCGAAGAGCGAGGCGCUGGAUUCCAAUGGCACUUGGCCGGCAGCCCCUGUCUCCUUACCUUCGGAGACUACCCAGCUGAUGGCCCAGGACGCUCCAUCGCGGAGCUCAGCCGCGGCGGCAGCUGCUGCAGUGCUGUUCAGCCGGGAGUGCCGGCCAAACCCGGAGCGUCUGGGCGCCCUGCGCGUCAUGCUGUGGGUCACCACAGCCUACUUCUUCGUGCCCAUGCUCUGCCUUAGUGUCCUCUACGGGCUGAUCGGGCGGACGCUGUGGAGAAGCGGAGCUCCGCUGCGGGGACCAGCAGCCACCGGCCGGGAGAAGGGCCAUCGGCAGACUGUGCGGGUCCUGGUGGUGGUGGUUCUGGCAUUUAUAGUUUGCUGGUUGCCCUUCCACAUUGGCAGGAUCAUUUAUAUCAACACUGAAGAUUCCAGAACAAUGCACGUCUCCCAGUACUUCAAUAUUGUGGCUCUACAGCUUUUCUAUCUGAGUGCAUCCAUCAACCCUGUCCUCUACAAUCUCAUUUCAAAAAAGUACAGAGCAGCUGCCUACAGGCUCCUUCUUGCAAGACAAUCUGGAGAAAGAGGUUCUGGAACCAGAGACAAGGUGGGGGAAACUGGAGCAGAGACUGGAGCAGAUACAGCAGGUUACACUGAGACUGGUGCUAGCAUAAAAAAAGACACCACUCACCCUCCCUUUGCAAGUCACCUGGUACCCUAAGG